GAAACGAAUCGACACAAUAAAACAAAUUUCAAAUCAAGUCGCCCCUCUACACCACAUAAGCCCUUUAGAAUCUUAAGUAGAUGCAAAAGGAAUAAAGCAAAUGGGGAGAAAAAAGGCCGAUAAACUUUCUGGCUGCAAUACAAGAGACAUAUCAUUACCAUAUGAUCUAAUGUGGGUGUCAGCCGGAUUGUGUUCAUUGAGGGAAACCUUAUUUUUUAACUGUGCUAUGGAGUAGAAGCAGGAGGUUUUCAACCUAGUGACAGUCACAGAGCAGCACCUACCCCCUCCUCCUUUCCACACCUGCAAACUCUUUUGCUUGGGCUGAAUAUUUAGUGUAAUUACAUCUCAGCUUUGAGGGCUCCUGUGGCAAAUCCCCGGAUUAAAAGGUUCCUUGGCUGUGAAAAUACAUGAGAUAAAUCAUGAAGGCAACCAUCAUCUUCCUCCUGCUUGCACAAGUUUCCUGGGCUGGGCCGUUCCAACAGAGAGGCUUAUUUGACUUUAUGCUAGAAGAUGAGGCUUCUGGGAUAGGCCCGGAAGAGCGUGCUCCUGUGGAUUCUGACCUAGAGCCUCUGGGGCCUAUGUGUCCCUUCCGCUGUCAGUGUCACCUGCGAGUUGUCCAGUGUUCUGAUCUGGGUCUGGAAAAAGUGCCAAAAGAUCUUCCCCCUGACACUACGCUGCUGGACUUGCAAAACAACAAAAUAACCGAAAUCAAAGAUGGGGACUUCAAGAACCUGAAGAACCUUCAUACGUUGAUUCUUGUCAACAACAAAAUUAGCAAAAUCAGCCCUGGAGCAUUCACACCUCUGUUGAAAUUGGAACGACUUUAUCUGUCCAAGAAUCAUCUGAAGGAAUUGCCAGAAAAAAUGCCCAAAACUCUUCAGGAGCUGCGUGCCCAUGAGAAUGAGAUCACCAAAGUGCGAAAAGCUGUGUUCAACGGACUGAACCAGAUGAUCGUCAUAGAACUGGGCACCAACCCACUGAAGAGCUCAGGAAUUGAAAAUGGAGCCUUCCAGGGAAUGAAGAAGCUCUCCUAUAUCCGCAUUGCGGACACCAAUAUAACCACCAUCCCUCAAGGUCUUCCUCCUUCCCUUACCGAAUUACAUCUUGAAGGCAACAAAAUCACCAAAGUUGAUGCAUCUAGCCUGAAAGGACUGAAUAAUUUGGCUAAGUUGGGACUGAGUUUUAAUAGCAUCUCUGCUGUUGACAAUGGCACGCUAGCCAACACUCCUCAUCUGAGGGAGCUUCACUUGGACAACAAUAAGCUUAUCAAAGUACCUGGUGGGCUGGCGGAGCAUAAGUACAUCCAGGUUGUCUACCUUCAUAACAACAAUAUCUCUGCAGUUGGGCCUAACGACUUCUGCCCACCUGGAUACAACACCAAAAAGGCCUCUUAUUCAGGUGUGAGCCUUUUCAGCAACCCAGUCCAGUACUGGGAAAUCCAGCCAUCCACCUUCCGAUGUGUCUAUGUGCGCUCUGCCAUCCAGCUUGGAAAUUAUAAAUAAUUGCCAAGAAAGCCCUUGUUUUUAUAACCUGGCAAAAUCCCAUUAAUAUCAUUGCUCAAGAAAAAAAAAUGGAAGCUAGAUACUGGAAACUUAACUGCAAUGUGGAUCUUUUUCCCACACAAUUUAUAAUAUAUAAAGCCAAAUAUGCAGUUUAAAUAAUUGCCUACAAUAAAAAAUAUUUUGCCUGCCA